AUGAUGCUGGCAUCCCAGCACGAGGCAGCCCCCGUUUCACCAGACACUAGAUGUAAAUCUGCCAGCGUGGACUUCGACGCCUCAGAGCGCCUUCAACUCAUGCAGAGCGGCUUGCCCCUGUGCAUUUUUUUGGAGUCUUCCGAGGUGGUGGCGAUCAAACCGCCUGCUCCCCUAUACAUAUUCGUCCCGCGCGUUUCCUACUUGCCAACGCUGAUCGACAAGUGCCACGAGCACUUCAAACCGUAUAUUCAGCCGUCUUUUGGCCAGCCAACGUCGCCGUUCUUCGAUUUCGGCGGAAUCCCCAUUGAUUGGCGUCUACCGAUAGGAAUCGCCUUCGAUAUUUUGAGCUCGUUGAAAGGAGGGCUUUCAAAGGGCCCGGGGGUUUCUGAAAUGCGGAACUCUCCAGCCGAUACCGAGAUCUCCGAGCUUGCGGCAUGUGGCUGCGACGUGCAGCUUCCUUGGUGCCUAACUAUUCAUUUUCAUGGUUCAGCGUCCAGCUAUCUGGGUGGAGGGGCAACUAAAGUGUUCUCUUUUCAAGAAUUUCUUGGUUGGGCAAGCUUCGAAAGCUUUUUCAUGAACUCUCUCAAGCAGGCAACCUAUAUCAUCAACGGCUCCGCGGUUCCGUUUCAGCGACUCCCCAAAGCAGUGGAGAUGCAGCUGCUUACCGCAUCUCGAACAGGGGCAAUUGCGCAGUUUCUGGAUAGUUGCCAGCAACUCCUACCAACUAUCUCGCCGAUGCAUUACAAGCGUAUCCCUGUGCGUUUGUAUGUUUGUGGGCCACCCUGUUUCCAACUAUCGCUAAGCUUCCCUUGCUUCAAGACAAAUAAGGCAUGUUCCCCAGCAACAACUUUGGACGAUGGCCACUCCCUGCGUUCCAGCAGCGAGCGCUUGGACAGUGCUAGUGGGGUUUGUCGUGCUGGAAGCGCAUCGUCCGCUACGUGUUCCGGUACUGGACCUGGAUGGGAUGCUUCUGAGGGAGAUGCCAAAGCUCUUUCGACCCUCGGUGACUUGAUGCAUCAUGUACUUCCCCAACUGUUUCCUAAGUUGACGCGGCUUAAGGAGUGUGCUGCACAAGGCUUGCUUAAUAAGACCGACGAAUGUCCGGAAGCCGUGGAAAACGACUGUAUAGAUACAAUGCCGGUGAAUUUGGAGCCUGGGUGCGAAAUCGGGAGGAGAUCAUGUUAUGUGGUUGUUCAUGGCAUACAGCCCCUUCUGCAAACACCGCUGUUUUGGCUGGCUACCACGGCCCCGCAGUUGGACAUGUUCCUUUACAUUGUAGUAAUCGUUGAAGAGGCUCUAAUGGGAGCUGCUUAG